AUGGGAAAUGCCUCAGAAACAUUUCUGCUCGUGUCCACAUUAUCGAAAGACAAUGACUUCCUCAUGGGAACUCUCUACACCAUUUUUGGUGUGCUGUCAGUGCUGGGGAAUGGGAUCCUGCUGUUCGUCGCCUAUAGAAAGAAGUCCUCCCUGAAGCCAGCGGAGUUCUUUGUGGUUAACCUGGCCAUCAGUGACCUGAGCAUGACCAUGACCCUGUUCCCACUGGCUAUCCCCUCAGCCUACACUCACAUGUGGCUGUUUAAUAAGACAACCUGCACUGUCUACGCCUUCUGUGGCGUUUUGUUUGGUCUGUGCAGCCUGACCAACCUCACGGUGCUCUCCUGCGUCUGCUGGCUCAAGGUCUGCUGCCCAAACUAUGGUAACAAGUUUUCAUUUUGCCACGCCUGCCUCCUGGUAGCUGGGGUCUGGUGCUACGCUGGAGUCUUUGCUGUAGGUCCCCUGUCGGGCUGGGGAGAGUAUGGGGCCGAGCCUUACGGUACAGCAUGCUGCAUCAACUGGCAUGCGCCCAGCCAAAACUCUGCAGCUAUGAGCUACAUCAUCUGCCUCUUCUUCUUCUGCUACAUUGUGCCCUGCACUAUCAUCUUCCUGUCCUACACAUUUAUCCUGGUGACUGUCCGGGGCUCGCGCCAGGCUGUGCAGCAGCAUAUGUCCCCACAGAACAAGAUCACCAAUGCACAUGCACUUAUCGUUAAGCUUUCCGUGGCAGUCUGCAUUGGAUUCCUGACAGCAUGGAGUCCAUACGCUAUUGUGUCCAUGUGGGCAGCAUUUGGUAACCCAGCAACUGUACCACCCAUGGCUUUUGCUCUGGCAGCUAUCUUUGCCAAGUCCUCCACCCUUUACAACCCUAUUGUCUAUCUGGUCUUCAAGCCCAAUUUCCGCAAGUCCCUGUGUCGGGAUGUUGCCCAGUGCAGAAGGACACUCUGUGGAUGUCUGUGUCAGCACAGUUCUGCACAGAAGGGAACGUGCAGGCAGUCUCAUCACAAAGAAGAGUGCAACUCUACAAGGAUGUCCAAUGGACUACCAGAGAACCACAGGACCUGCAGACACUGUCCUUGCCCUGAAAGACUCACUGGUACCAGAGAAAACCUUACAGAUUACAGCCCGCAGCAGACUGCCAGGAUACUUAAAGGAUCUCUGCACAGUGAAGUGGCUAUUAGUCAGCUCUCCAAUGAAUUGCAGAGCGACUUCCUCUAG